CUGCAGGCGUAUCUCCUUUAAAGGCUCGGCGUCGGAGGCGGAGGUGCGGGAAAGCAGCGUUUCUGUCCUGCAGGCGUAUCUGAGCAGCAUCAUGGAGGCCAUCGUGAGCUCCGUAUCCCAGUGUCCUCCUGUGAUGAGGGUCGUCUUCAAACAACUGCAUAAACGAGUGGAGGAGCAGUUUCCAGAGCCGGAGAAUGAGGAUGCGAAGUAUUUGGCCAUCAGUGGUUUCUUCUUCCUGCGUCUGUUUGCUCCUGCGAUUCUCACACCCAAACUCUUCCAGCUGAGGGAUCAUCAUGCAGACACACGCACCAGCCGGACACUCCUGCUGCUCGCUAAGGCUCUUCAGAGUGUGGGUAAUCUGGGUCUUCAGCUGGGUCAUGGGAAGGAGCAGUGGAUGACCCCUCUGCAUCCCAUCAUCCUCUGCAGCGUGGCGUCUGUCAGAGACUUUCUGGACAAGCUUAUAGACAUCGAUCACGAUAACGUGUGUGAAUCUCGUCAGCGCGCUGUGUUUCUGCCGUCGGUCAUCAUGAAGGAAGGUUUCCUGCAGAAGCACAAGGCUGAAGGUCCUCAGCUGCUCAAACGCUUCACUUUUAAGAAACGCUAUUUCUGGCUGAGCUCAGAGUCGCUGUCCUACGCCAAGAGCCCCGACUGGCAGGUCCGCUCCACCAUCCCCAUUGCGCGUGUGUGCGCGGUGGAGCGUGUGGAUGAAAAUGCCUUUCAGCUGCAGCACGUCAUGCAGGUCAUUACACAGGACACUGAUGGACAACUACACACCACAUACCUGCAGUGCAAGAAUGUGAAUGAGCUGAAUCAGUGGUUGUCUGCCAUCAGGAAGGUCAGCAUCUAUAAUGAACACAUGCUGCCGUCGUUUCACCCUGGAGCUCAUCCAGGAAACAAGUGGACCUGCUGCCUGCAGCCUGACCGCGCAGCGUCGGGCUGCAGUCGCACUCAUUCUGCUGUGACUCUGGGCGACUGGAGCGACCCGUUAGAUCCUGACGCUGAAGCUCAGAUCAUCUAUAAAGAGCUGCUGCAGGGCCGAGACAAACUCAGGGAGCAGUACCUGGAAACACAGGAAGUGGAGUCAGCAGAACAGGAAGUGGGUCAGCCUUCAUCAGUGUGUGAACAGGCUCGCUGUGAACGCUCUCGUGUCCUCGCCACUCGUCUGCUGGAUGUCGUGCUGGAUUUAGAGCGAACGCAUUCGACCUUCCAGAGCCGAGAAGUAGACGAGAGCAAAAAUCAGUUCAUCCUCAGCGCACACACAUGAUGGAGAAUCUACACACACACACA